GGUCAUCGAGGUGUUUAGGGAGGUGAACGAAGGCGAGUUUCGAUCGGAAUCGAUAUAAUUCAUGAUCCGAUACUAUUGUUCCUCGAUGAACCAACUUCGGGUCUCGACUCAACGAGUGCAUUCAUGGUUGUUAAAGUCCUUCAACGAAUUGCACAAAGUGGAAGCAUCGUGAUAAUGGCGAUUCAUGAACCAAGUUCGAGAAUUUUAGGAUUAAUAGAUCGCUUGAUAAUCUUAUCACACGGAAGAACGUUAUACAAAGAUUCACCGGCGAAUCUCUCACAGUUCUUCAGUGAUUUCGGUCAACCAAUUCCGAGAAACGAAAACCAUUCCGAGUUCGCGCUUGACUUGAUCCGUGAACUCGAAGAAACUCCUUCAGGAACCCAGAAUUUAUUCGAAUUCAGCAAGUCCUGGAAUGGAAUGCAUCAUCAAUGGAUGAUAAUGGCGACGAUGAUAGUAUUGGUUCCAACAAGCGAACUACUCUUCCACUUAAAGAAGCCAUAGCCAAAAGCAUUUCUCGCGGAAAGCUAGUCUCCGGUGGUGGUGCGAAUCAGUCAUUAUCAGUUCCAUCAUUCGCCAAUCCAUUUUACAUAGAAGUGAUGGUACUAUCCAAACGAUUGUUAACGAACUCGAGACGAAUGCCGGCGAAGUUCGCCGUCCGAUUAGGCACCAUAAUAGUCACCGGAGUAGUCCUCUGUGGCUUCCUCGUCGCUCGAGAUCGGCUACCCAAAUACUGGCUAUGGUUUCAUUAUAUCUCUUUGAUUCCUGGAUCCGACGGAAUGCUAUGUUAUGGGUGUUCAACUGUUCGAUCAGACGGCGCUUGGGACGUUGCCGGCGCCGAUGAAGAGCGAGUUAUUGGCGAGCAUGGAGCGUGUUUUGGGGAGGAAUAUAACGAGUUCAACGUGUUUAACGACCGGGAAAGAUAUACUUAAGCAGCAAGGGAUCACCAAGUUAAGCAAAUGGAACUGUGUGCGGGUUAUUGUUGCAUGGGGCU